CCGCACCCCUCCUUCUGUAGAAAAAUUGUCUUCCAUGAAACCGGUCCCUGGUGCCAAAAAGGUUGGGGACCACUGAGUUAAAAGGACUUCGAAAGGAAGAAAACCUCUUCUGCCCACCUCCGUGAUUCUGUCACCGUCAAGCUCUGUCACAGUAGAAGGUUACUUGCGGAGGUCUCAACCUCUGUAUCAAUGGCCCUUGUUCUUCCCAGGAAGAGAAAGACCGACCCUGCGGUGGAUGGAUGGUUCUGGAACACAGGAACACUGCCAGAGUGAGUCCUGAGCCCCUCCAGAAUGGCUUUUAUUGAGAGUUAUGACCAUUUGGUUUCUGACCUGGGGCUUCCCAUGCCUUAAUAAGUUGUACUUGGCUCAAGUAUCUUGGAAACAUGAUGGAAAAUCAGAUUAUCUUCUCAGAAAAAAUGCACCUGCCCUUAGUCCCGUUUUAGAAUAUGCUCAGGAGGAUGUCUUGUUUUUAAAUGUCGUCUAAGGGAGACGCAGAAGCGAGCAAGCAAGAUGGCGGCGGCGGCUGCUCAGGGAGGGAGAACUGGUGGUGGCGGAGGCAGUAGUGGGGCUGGCAGUGGUUCCAGCUGUGGGACAGGCAGUAGCCGCAGCGGCUUGCUGGACAAGUGGAAAAUUGAUAAGCCUGUAAAAAUUGAAAAAUGGGAUGGAUCAGCUGUGAAAAAUUCUUUGGAUGAUUCUGCCAAAAAGGUACUUCUGGAAAAGUACGAGUAUGUGGAGAAUUUUGGUCUAAUUGACGGUCGCCUCACCAUCUGUACCAUCUCCUGUUUCUUCGCCAUAGUGGCUUUGAUUUAGGAUUAUAUGCACCCCUUUCCAGAGUCCAAACCUGUUUUGGCUUUGUGCGUUAUAUCCUAUUUUGUGAUGAUGGGGAUUCUGACCAUUUAUACCUCAUAUGAGGAGAAGAGCAUCUUUCUCGUGGCCCACAGGAAAGAUCCCACAGGGAUGGAUCCUGAUGAUAUUUGGCAGCUGUCGUCCAGUCUCAAAAGGUUCGAUGACAAAUACACUCUGAAGCUGACCUUCAUCAGUGGAAGAACAAAGCAGCAACGGGAAGCCGAGUUCACCAAAUCCAUUGCUAAGUUUUUUGCCCACAGCGGGACCCUGGUCAUGGAUGCAUAUGAGCCUGAGAUAUCCAGGCUUCAUGACAGUCUUGCCACAGAAAGAAAAAUAAAAUAGCCACUUCUAAAAGCAGCCAUCUUUUGGCUGGAUCAUGCUGAAUUGAGGGGUGAGGGAGAAAGAAACAGAGAACUUAAUAUGGAUAAAGUAAGAAAUGUAAAAAAUGUCCGUUUUGUCUUGAAAUUUUAGUCCAUUCUGUAUAAAUAGAAUUUUCUAGCUCAGAUAUGAGAAGUUGUAGCUCUGAUAUCUAGCUGUAGCCUCUUUGGUCUGCUGAUUGCAUUGUUUUGAUUUGCUUUUCUGGAAAAGCAUUUUUGCUAAAAACCGUACAGACUUCCUCCUUCAUACCUAGCAGUACUUUAUAUAGUAUAGCUUUGUGCCAUGCAGCAUUUGAAGACUCAGUUUUUAAAAUUGUUAACCUGUUGCUGACUUUAUUGUUUUAAUUCCCAUUUCAACAGCUGUUUCCCUUAAUUCAGGAUUCAACUUCUUGUGUAUGACAGUUUUCCUUCACACACCAUUUUUGUGGGUGUGUAUAUAUCUGACUUGGAGAGAAUUGGGGAAAAAAAACCCACAGCUUUUUAAUUUGUUUAAAAGAGACUUUCUGCCUGUUACAUUUUGUGCUCUUAACCAAUUCAAGAACCCAAUGGUAUUUUUAGUUUUAUUUUGUCUAUGUUUUCCACUAGUAUAUCCCUGUUGAUUUGUUUGUGCCCUUUAUCAACUGCCAUUUUCUAAAAUUUUUUUCA